GACCUCCACAUCUUCAUAAACAAUGGGUCAAAAGCGCGGAAACUCGUCUGGCGGAGGCGGAAGUUUCAAGCGCCGUAAGGCCCCGGGCAACUCGUCGCUCCAGCCUGCGACUUCCGGUGUCUUCGUGACUUGCCCUCGCGGAAAAGAGCGCAACUGUUUCAAUGAGAUCUCAAACAUCAUGGAGGAGUACGUCGAGCGUCUUUUCCCUGCGCCGGAAGAGCUAGAGGACUCGGAUGAGGAUGAUGAAGACGAUGACAUUGAGGCCUCGAUUCAGAAGGAGUUGGCUGGGAUGAAGGAGAAGGUUAGAGUGAAGAAGGAUGGUACCAAGAUCAAGAGGAGGCUGAACAAGGUCGAUACUGGAGCAGAUUGCGUCCUUUACAUUCAAACACGCGGCAACAUCGAGCCAGUACAGUUGGUCCACGACAUCUGCGCCGAUGCUUCUUCCACCGGUAUCAAGAGAACACGAUACACUCAACGCAUGACUCCCAUUACACGCACUGGUAUUGCCGAGCCUCAGCCAUUAUAUGAUCUGGCAAAGGAAAUCUUGGCACCUCAUUUCCACAAGGAUGAGGGUCAGGAGCCCUUGAAGUAUGCCAUCCGACCAAGUUUCAGGAAUCACACCAAGAUGAACCGUGAUGAGGUGAUCAAGAUGAUUGCUGGUAUCGUUGGUCAUGAGCACGGCCAUAAGGUGGAUCUGAAGAAUUAUGACGUGUUGAUUAUUGUGGAGGUCUUUAAGAACAUCGUGGGUAUGAGCGUUGUCCGGGAUUUCGACACAUUGAAGGGUUUCAAUAUCGACCAAAUUCAUCAAGCAAACAUCAAGAAGUCCCAAGAGGAGAAGGAGACUACAGAACCAGCUAGAGCAACGGAAGAAGUCCCGGCCCAGGAAGAGGAGAAAGAGGAAUCCGCGUAG